UUCGAUGCUUGGAGAACUAUUUUUUGCGGUAUUAUUUUGCGGGCGUUUUUUUGUCGCGGGCUUCGAGUUGCACUUUAUCGCUACCUGAAUUUAUGAUUCGAAAAAAAUAUACAAAAUACAAACAUUCGGCAAGUCUGUAAUGUAAUGUGUAAUGGGUGUGAACCCCGGUUGUGCCCUUCUCUGUGUGAGCGUGCCUGGCGUGCCGCCAGUGCCGCUGCACUGACUGAGCGUCUCGGUGGUCUCGGUGCUUUGGAAGACGGAUUCCACCAACAGCCAUGCGAGAAGACCGGCAGUCUCCGAAACCAUCAAGCUUAUUGCCGUUUCUACGACCAUGUAGGUAAGGCAGGCCGAACGAUGCCAGGACCAAACUACAAGCGUACAAAUACUCAACCAUCGAGUCCACACUAGUUUUGUCCUGACAAGAACCGCGAUGUACUACACUAGGCAGUGGUGCCUGCUGUGGCUGGUCACUGUAACCUACGUGAUCGGACUCUUCCUGUUUUGGAACGGGUUCUUCUGCGUCACAAAAAGACCCUUGGGACACUCUGCCCCCGAAGAUAUACAAUAUCCGGACACAGUGUGCGGCGUGUCGAUGCCACCUGACGGCCCGCCUCCGAUCUCGAAGCGAACGCCUCUAAAACUCGUUUUCGUGCUCAUCGACGCUUUGCGCUUCGACUUCGUCGCCGACCGAUCGCGUUCGCUCAGUUUCCUCGGUUCUAUGCUUCGUGAUCGCAAGGCUCUACUCUACCGCAGCCGAGCGUAUUCCCCGACCGUAACUUUGCCGCGGAUCAAGACGCUGCUGACGGGAACAGUACCGGGGUUCGGCGACGUGCUCCUCAACUUCAAUGCUGACGUGCUGCGCGAUGACAAUCUGGUGCACCAGGCGCGAGCGUCGGGUAAGAAGACGGUCUUUUACGGGGACGACACCUGGCUGAGGAUCCUGCCGGGUUGCUUCGACAGGUACGAAGGCACGACGUCCUUUUUCGUCUCCGACUACACCGAAGUCGACCGAAACGUUUCGCGUCACGUGCCUUCGGAGAUGGAAGCGACCGACUGGGACUGGCUCGUGCUUCAUUACUUGGGACUGGACCACAUCGGACACACGCACGGGCCGUCGUCUUCGCUCGUUGACGACAAACUGGCCGAGAUGGACGGCAUCCUGUCGACGAUGUACGCGUCGCUUCGGCGAAGGGCCAACGACAGCUUCCUCAUUGUGGUCACCGGCGAUCACGGCAUGAACGCCGUCGGCAACCACGGCGGCAGUUCGGAGGGUGAGGUCAUGACGGCGCUCCUCUUCAUACCCACAAAGCCGUGGGACUUCGGCAGCCAAGACGUCAGUACGGUAUCGCAAGUGGACAUCGCUCCCACCCUGAGCUUGCUCACGGGGCUGCCCAUUCCGAAGGGUAGCUACGGUAGAGCGCUGGCGGAUGUGCUGACCGCGGCCAACUUCACAGCCGCUGAACGGCUCUUCCUGCUCCAGUACAACUUGCAGCAGAUGCUGCGCAUCCACCAGUCCGAGUUCGGGAGCGAAACACCUGUUUCAGCCAAGGCAGAGGAAGCCCUCUGUUCUUACGUCAAGCUCGUACGAGAGAAGGCCCUUGUCGGUUCUCACGAGAGCAGGGUGGAAGAGGUAUUUUUAAGCAUCAUGUCGAAUAUCCAGAGUGAAAUUUUGAGUAGCACCACUGCAUUUGAUAUGGGCCUUGUUGUGACCGGCAUAUGCGUAACUUGGCAGGGUGCGUUCACUCUCAUGCUUCUGAUCCUUUCAAUGAACCAAGGCUGUAGCCACCUCGUUCCCAAGUUCAACCUGAAAAUACUGACCUUUGGUGUGAUCUUCUCCUUUCUCCAAAACUCCAUCCUGUGUGCCUUAUCCCCAUCCAGUGAAAGCUGCCAGUCGGGCAUCCGUGUGUGCCUCUUAUCAUUUCUUACCGCCGUAAGCACAGCCUUAACUGGUGCUUUCUAUUUCUGGCCAGUUGGUGGCCUCGAGAUUCCAGAUGUGCCUCGGGCUUUCCUCCUUUCCUGUACCAUUCUCCAUGGCCUCAGCUUUGUGUCUUCCAGUUUUAUAGAAGAAGAGCAUGUCACAUGGUACUUCCUGACCAGUACCAUCAUACUAUUGCUCUGUUGGUACCACUACCAGGAGCAGUCAUCAAUGUAUGGCAGACUGAUGCUAUACAGAAAAGCAUUUUUCGUGCUGAUAAUUCUCAGAGUACUCCGUUCGUGGAACAGUACUGGGGACAGGUGGUCUCAUCUUCCGGACACUGCAGACUGGCUUGCCGACAACAACCACAGACAUGUCCUAGCCUGUCUCAUCCUGGUUGCCAUCAUCUCAAUUAUCCUUACGUCUGUUCGCCAGAAGAGGCCUCUCUGUUCCUUUUUCCUCUACCUCGCUCUGCUUGACAUCUGCCUCUACAAGAUGAAGCUCAUCUACUAUGGUAAUGCAGACGGUGUUGAGAACUUCUACUGGUACCUGCCGCUUCUCCUGGCCCUUGGUGUCUUCCACCAGUUCCGUUCGGGCAAUGACCCCGACCUCCUAGAAGCAGUCAUCAACUCCUGGACCCUUCUGUGCCUCAUCUUGCACACACCACAGAAUGUUCCAAUGUUUGCACUGGUUGUGCUCUUGGAGCGUGCAGUGCAUGACUUCCUCUUUGACCUCCCUCUCCAGAUGCUUCCAAGGGUCAUCCUCUACUUCUGGUUUGCAAUGAGCUGUCACUUCCACCAGGGAAACUCCAACAAGCUAUCCACUGUCAGCGUCUCAGCGGGCUACAUUGGCGUCAGCAGUUACAAUCCUGUAGUGGUUGGCUUGCUGAUGGUCAGCUACACAUACAGCAGUCUUGUCCUCUGGUUGCUGAUGCUCUGGAAACGGUUUGCUGAACCAGAAGAGAAUGGCCUGAAGCGUAGUCGCUCCAGGACCAAGCUGCUUGUGUGUGCCUCUAUCCUCUUCAUGAAGUUUGCCACCACAGCCUGGUACAUGGUCUUGAUGGUUGUGCAAAGGUACCACAUAUUUGUGCUGUCGGUCUUCAGUCCUAAGCUGGUUUACGAGGGUGCCCAUGCAAUAGUGGUGCUAAUGGUCACUUUUCUUGCCGUGACAGCUCUGUGCUAACUUCUAUGCAUUGAUAGUAGGGAGUUUUAGAAGAAUAUUCCAAUACCUCUGAUGAUGAUACGGUGCAAAGACUCCUUAAUUUUUUUGCUCCUGUGCAUUUGGCAUAUGGAGCAUGGACCACCUAUUUAUUCUACAAUGCUGUUUCCACUUGUUGAAGAAUUAGGUUGUUGUGCAAUAUGCAAUUGUGGGCAUUUUUAUGGUUGCAUUUUGACCUCGUGAUGUAGUUGUUUAAAGUAGGAACUCUAUUUUGGUCUGUAGAUAUAACUUAUAUAAGCCUUAUGAUGCUACCAAAAAGCCCCACUUGGUAGCUCAAGCAUUUGUUCACAUAUUUUCAUACCAGAAGAAGAAGACCUGACUGGGCUACGACAGGUACAGCUAAACAUUGCUGUCAUUCAACAUAGGUGUCCUAAUUUGUUGGCAAGACCCAAUUAUUUUGCUGUUAUUAGCACUGUAGACAUCUGUCUAUGCAGCCCUUUCGAAUCUUGAAAACAUAACAAAAAAGCCCAUUCUUACAACAUACUGCGAAAGGUAUUAUACACAGGAUGCCCUGUAGACUGUAUCACAGUUCUUCCAGCAUAUUACCUAAAAGCUAGAUGCACAUGGUACCAUCUCAUAGAAAUCAGAAGCACAACUUUAAACUAAUGGCACGGCAGCAAUACUUGUCAACAGUUCCAAGAGACCAGAUGCGUAGACCUACUUACUAGUCAGCGUUCACUUGCAUUCCAAGUCUUCAAACUAUUCUGUGAUGUAUUCCACAAGAAGGUCCAACACAGUGUAAAAGUAGGAUCUCCUAUGAGCACAACCUCCAACACCGUGUGACUAGAAACCAGGUCCUCUGGACGCAGACAGUUCUAGCUCACAGUGAUCUCCGAGACGUCUAAUAAUGAUUACUCCCCAACGAGGUACCUCAAUAAAAGUUAAUAAACCUUG